AGUAUUUUGGUCAAAGAAUUUAAUCCAACAAAAUGCCCAAUUAAUUAAUUCAUUAGAAACAAGUUUGUGCCUAUAAAAACCCUUUUCUUGAUUUGCCCUACUGUCAAUUCUUUCCUCUCUUCUUCUCACUCUUCUACUCCAUACUUUAGAGAGAGAAGAAGAGAAGAGAAGAGAACAGAAGGGAUAUGAUUUAUGUUCAGGCAAAGAUGCAAUCUUUUGAGGAUUAGGUUUUAAGGUAAUGUUAGAAGAGAUUUGGAGAUUGUCUUCUACAAAAAUGAUGAUGAGUUCGUAUUUCAAAAAUCCAAUUUUCGAUGCACUUUACUGCGACGAGCGUAAUUUUGAUGAAGUUUUCUGCGAUGGGAUUGUUUCGGAGGUCCCAAAAAUUAGUGAUUUUGAUGAGAUUGGGAAGAGGGAUUUGCCCUUAGGGCAUGACCUUUUCUGGGAGGAUGAUGAAGUUGUCUCUUUAUUACAUAUGGAGCAGAAAAUUGGGGUUUUGAAUUACGACGAUUUAUUGUAUUCGAAAAUGGUGAGGGAUGAGGGCAUCGAAUGGAUUCUGAAAGGGGUUGAACACUACGGGUUCAAACCAUUGACUGGUGUGUUGGCAGUGAACUAUCUCGAUAGGUUUGUUACCAGCCUUUGUUUUCGGACAGAGAAGCCAUGGAUGGGACAGUUAGCUUCUGUUGCUUGUCUUUCCAUUGCUGCCAAGGUCGAGGAGACUCAAGCCCCUCUUUUGUUAGACAUUCAGGUUGUAGAAUCGAAGUACUUUUUCGAAGCCAAGACUGUCCAAAGAAUGGAGCUUUUGGUGCUCUCAACUCUCCAAUGGCGGAUGCACCCUGUCACUCCAUUCUCGUUCUUGGAUCACAUUGUGAGGAGAUUCGAUCUUAUUACAAAUCUCGAUCGAGAGUUUCCGAGGAGGUGUGAGAGUAUCUUUCUCGCAGCCGUCACCGAUUGUCCGAUCGCGCACCACCGCCCUUCGAUCAUAGCUGCUGCGACGAUGAUGUAUGUUAUUCAGGAGAUCGAUUCUUGCGAUGGGAAGGGGUUUCGGGGUCGAAUUAUGGAUGUCCUUAGAGUGGACGAGGGCGAGAUCGCUGAUUGUCAUAAACUCAUCGUCGAUCUUAUCGAGGAUCAAACUCGUAAGCAAAUUCUUCACAAGCGUAAGCACGCGGGUUCGAUCCCGGGCAGCCCGAGUGGCGUGAUCGAUGCGUUCUUCAGUUCGGACAGCUCAAACGAAUCGUGGUCGAACGCGCCGUCCGUCUCGUCUUCGCCGGAGCCGAUGGCGAAAAGAGGCCGCGGAGAUUAGGAUCGACUGCCGCCGGUGCCGCGGCUUAGGAAUUUAUUUGCUGGUAUGGAUCGGUCGAAUUGGUUCAUAAAUGCUAUGGUUUUUGCAAUCUCAAACUGUAAUUUUUGAACAUCUGAUGGAUGAUCGAAAUCCAUGUUUAAAAUCGACAAACUACUGAUUUGAAACCUUCUCGCUGAAAAUGGGAUUGCAGCAAUGAUAUGUGGUAUCAUGUUUGAGUAAUUUCUUGGUGGAUUUUUAACUCUUUUUUAUGGUAUAUUUUGGUUGUGAUUUUAAA